AUCCCACCAAGUCGGUCUGGUCGGACACAUUUCUAAGAUACACUAGUCCAGUUUUUCCUGCAUUUGAAAUGGCGGUAACUUUUCAAACAGAUCUGGGAGAAAUCAAAAUCGAGUUGUUCUGUGAGCGGACUCCUAAAGCAUGUGAAAACUUUCUGGCCCUGUGCGCCAGCGGGUUCUACAAUGGAUGUGUCUUCCAUCGGAACAUUAAAGGCUUCAUGGUUCAGACCGGAGACCCGACAGGAACUGGCAAAGGCGGGACGAGCAUAUGGGGGCGCAAAUUUGAAGAUGAAUUCAGCGAGCACCUAAAGCACAACGUAAGAGGGGUGGUCUCCAUGGCCAACAGUGGCCCCAACUCCAACGGCUCCCAGUUUUUCUUCACGUAUGCCAAACAGCCCCACCUGGACAUGAAGUACACCAUCUUUGGAAAGAUCAUCGACGGCUUGGAAACGUUAGAUGAACUAGAGAAGCUUCCUGUGAAUGAGAAGACGUUCCGACCGUUAACCGAAACCCGGAUCAAGGAUGUGACCAUUCAUGCCAACCCCUUUGCUGGAUAACUGGAAUGUUGUGCAUUAAAGUUUCAGUCUAGUUGGUUAAAACCAGGAGAAACAUGCAGAAAAUAUGUUAUGUCUGUUGUAGUUUCAAUAAAACAUACAUAGUUAGUUUGGCAAAUGUUCCAAGUUUUUUUUUGUACUAAAUAAAGUUUUAUACCAUU